AUGGAUCCCUACUCCGCAGAAGGAGAGCUCGUCAACAUCCACAACGCCUUCCACCAGGGCCAGUACCAGCAAGUCGUCGACUUCGACACGUCGUCCUUCUCGGCGACCAACGCGCUGCCCGCGCGGGUGCUGAAGCUGCGCGCGCGCCUCGCCCUGGGCCAGUACGACGACGUCGCCGCCGAAGCCGCCGCCGAGCCGGGCGUGCCCGACCUGCAGGCCGCCGCCGCGCUGGCCGCCUACCUCAAGAGCCCCGGCGACGAGAAGGCCGUCGCCACGGCGCAGGAGCUGGCCGCCUCGGCCGGCGACAACCUCAGCGUGCAGCUGCUGGCCGGCUCCGUCCUGGCGAAUGCCGGCCUGACCGAGGAGGCGCUGGCGCUGCUGGCGAAGCAUCAGGGGUCGUUGGAUGCGGUCGCGCUGAUCAUUCAGAUACACCUGCAGCAGAACCGCGCGGACCUGGCUGCGAAGGAGGCCCAGCAGGCACGGAAGUGGGCACAGGACAGCCUACUCGUCAACAUCGCAGAGUCGUGGGUGGGUCUGAGAGAGGGCGGGGAGAAGUACCAGCAAGCAUUCUACGUUUUCGAGGAGCUCGCCCAGGCCCCCGCUUCGCAGGCCGUGCAGUCGCUCGUCGGCCAGGCUAUCUCCGAGCUGCACCUCGGCCGUUACCCCGAGGCGGAAGCUGCGUUGCAGCAGGCUAUCGCGCUGGACCCCAAGAGCCCGGACGUCCUGGCGAACACCAUCGUCCUGAACACGGUAUUGGGCAAGGAUGCUACGGAGCAGAAGAAGGCCCUGGAGGAGGUCGAUCCCAAGCACCCCUUCUUGGUGGAGGUGGCGGCGAAGAAGGACGCAUUCGAGGCCGCGCAGGCCAAGUACACGCCCAAGUUUGAGGCUUGA